UUGUUCUUAUCGGUUGAAACGUCAUUUAUUAUUCACUAAAUUACUGGCAUAAUAAGCAAUAAUGGCACUUAUUCCACCCGUGACACGCCUCACAUCAUCUAUAAUACGGAUAUUGGGCUGCAAUCCCAGCCCCAUGACCCUGCAGGGCACCAACACUUAUCUGUUGGGCACCGGUAAAAAGCGUAUACUGAUAGACACGGGCGAUGAGAAUGUGCCGCAAUAUAUAGAACAUUUGAAGGGAGUGCUGAAACAGGAGCAAGCAGCGAUUAGCACUAUAAUAUUGACGCAUUGGCAUCACGAUCAUGUAGGCGGAGUGAAGGAUAUAGUGAGCCAGAAAUUAUCGGAGGAAGUACCAUCCCAUGUAGAUUGUAAAGUUUACAAAUUUCCACGCACUGAUGCCAGCGAUGUAUGUCCUGAGAUACCUGAUAGUAUAAAGGUGCAAAAGUUAGCAGAUAAUCAGGAAUUUGCUGUCGACGGCGCCAAAGUACGAGUCCUGCAUACGCCAGGGCAUACGACGGAUCAUGCGGUGCUUACCACAGACGAUGGCACGCUAUUCAGCGGCGAUUGUAUACUGGGUGAGGGCACGGCUGUCUUUGAAGAUCUGUACUACUAUAUGCAAAGUCUGCACAAGAUAUUGGAUAUUAAGCCGCAACGCAUAUAUCCCGGUCAUGGCAAUGUGAUUGAUGAGCCUGUGGGCAAAAUCCAAUAUUAUAUAAAUCAUCGCAAUCAGCGCGAACAGCAAGUAUUUAAUUUCUUUGUGGAGCGAAAAAACGCGAAUUGGCAGGCUCUGGAUGUGGUGCGUGAGGUCUACAAAGAGACUCCGGAGGAACUGUGGCCCGCGGCCGCCUACAAUGUGGGACAUCAUUUAAGCAAGCUUGAAAAGGAAGGAAAACUGCUUUCUGGCGAGGGUAGCGAUUCGGAUGUUAAAUACUAUCGAUAUCAGCAGACCAGUGCUCUGUGAUUGUUAAAUUCUUUGUCUGUUUUGAUAUGUGCGAGAUAACAUUAACAUGUUUUGUGCAAUAAAUAUACAUCGAACACCGAAA